AUGGCUCUGAGCAGCGCUUUCAAGGCGGUCAACAACAUGCCCGGCGUCAUCGUCUGGAGGGUCGAGAAAAUGGACCUGGUGCAGGUGCCUCCGAAAUCCCACGGCAGUUUCUAUGAGGGCGACUGCUACGUCCUCCUCUCGACCCGGCGCUCGGGCAGCGUCCUGGCCUACGACAUCCAUUACUGGGUCGGGAAGAGCUCCUCGCGGGACGAGCAGGGCUGCGCCGCCAUCUACACCACCCAGCUGGACGACUACCUGGGCGGGGGCCCCGUGCAGCACCGGGAGGUGCAGGGCCACGAGUCAGACCUCUUCAAAGGCUACUUCAAGCAGGGCAUCAUCUACAAGAAGGGCGGCGUGGCUUCAGGGAUGACACACGUGGAGACCAACGUCUACAACGUCCGGCGCCUGCUGCACGUCAAGGGGAGACGGAACGUCACGGCCACCGAGGUGGAGAUGAGCUGGGACAGUUUUAACCUGGGGGACGUGUUCCUGCUGGACCUGGGGAAGGUCAUUAUUCAGUGGAAUGGCCCCGAGAGCAACACCAGGGAGCGGCUGAAGGCCAUGCUCCUGGCCAAAGACAUCCGCGACCGGGAGCGCGGGGGGCGGGCGGAGAUCAGGGUGGUGGACGGCGACCAGGAGGGAGCCAGCCCGGAGCUGACAACGGCGCUGCAAAGCGUGCUCGGGGACAGGCCGCGGAAGAUCAAACCCAGCACCCCGGACGAGGUGGUGGACCAGCAGCAGAAGGCCACCGUCCUGCUCUAUCGUGUCUCGGACUCCGGAGGGAAAAUGCAGGUGCUGGAAGAGGCCGCGAGGCCGCUGGUGCAGGAGCUGUUGAGCCAUGACGACUGCUACAUCCUGGAUCACGCCGGGACCAAGAUCUACGUCUGGAAGGGGAAGGGGGCUACCAAGGCAGAGAGGCAAACAGCCAUGGCCAAAGCUCUGGAGUUCAUCAACAUGAAGGGCUACCCCUACGGCACCAACGUGGAGACGGUGAACGACGGAGCCGAAUCCGCCACGUUCAAGCAGUUGUUCCAGACGUGGGCCGUCCGGGACCAGACGGUGGGGCUGGGCAAAGCCUACAGCGCUGGCAAAGUGGCCAAAGUCAGCCAGGAGAAGUUUGAUGCCACGCUGCUGCACGCCCGGCCCGAGCUGGCCGCCCAGGAGCGGAUGGUGGAUAACGGGGAAGGGAAGGUGGAGGUCUGGAGGGUCGAGAAUCUGGAGCUGGCGCCAGUGGAAUCCCAGUGGCACGGCUUCUUCUACGGCGGAGACUGUUACCUGGUGCUUUACACCUACGGCGUGAACCACCAGCCCCGCUACAUCCUGUACAUCUGGCAGGGUCGGCACGCCACGCCGGACGAGCUGGCCGCCUCCGCGUACCAGGCGGUGGAAGUGGACCGGCAGUUCGACGGGGAGCCGGUGCAGGUGCGCGUGAGCAUGGGCAAGGAGCCGCACCACUUCCUGGCCAUCUUCAAAGGGAAGCUGGUCAUCUUCGAGGGUGGGACAUCCAGGACAAGCAGCAACGAACCGGAACCGCCCGUGAGGCUCUUCCAGAUCCACGGAACUGACCAGUCCAACACCAAAGCCGUGGAAGUCCCGGCGUUCGCCUCGUCGCUCAACUCCAAUGACGUCUUCCUGCUCCGGACCCAGACCGAGCACUACCUGUGGUACGGCAAGGGCUCCAGCGGGGACGAGCGGGAAAUGGCGAAGCAGCUCGCUGCCACCAUCUGUGACGGCACCCAGGAAACCGUGGCCGAAGGGCAGGAGCCAGCAGUGUUCUGGGAGGUGCUGGGAGGCAAAGCCCCUUACGCCAGCGACAAAAGGCUCCAGCAGGAGGUCCCAGAUAACCCGCCCCGGCUCUUUGAAUGCUCCAACAAGACGGGACGCUUUGUGGUGACGGAAGUGACCGACUUCGGCCAGGAUGACCUGAGCGAAAGCGACGUCAUGCUGCUCGACACGUGGGACCAGGUCUUCUUGUGGCUCGGGACGGAUGCUAACGCCACGGAGAAGGAGGCAGCGCUGGCCACUGCUUGGGAAUAUCUCCACACCCACCCCAGCGGGCGAGACACUGACACGCCCAUCUUGGUGGUCAAGCAGGGCUUUGAGCCCCCCAACUUCACGGGGUGGUUUGUAGCCUGGGACCCACACAAAUGGAGCGAAGGGAAGACUUACGAGCAGCUGAAGGAGGAGCUGGGAGAUGCUUGUGCCGUUGUCAGGAUCACAGCCGAUCUGAACGGGACAGCUCUCUCUCCCGGCCCUGGGGCCCAGAGUGCUGGCGUGGCUCAGUUCUACCCUCUAGAAGUGCUAACCAACCAGAGGGAGGAACUGCCUGGAGACGUAGACCCAGCCAAGAAAGAGAAUUACCUCUCCGAAAGUGACUUUGUGGCUGUGUUUGGAAUCGGGCGGGAGGAAUUUGCUGCUCUUCCCAGCUGGAAGCAGAUCAACUUGAAGAAAGAAAAAGGGCUCUUCUAA